CGUAACCCUGACGGGGGGGCUGACACUGGGAAGAAGGGUCCUGCCACCUGGAGCCUGAAGGCAUGUGGCCGCCACCAGAGCAAGUGUCCAACCUUCAGCAUCCCUGCAGCACAGCUAGGGCCUGAGAAGGGGCCUGAGACGUGUGAGGAACAGAAUGAACUUCCCUUACAUUCCAGAGACGCUGGUUGUGAUGUUCCCAUGCUGCAAAGCGAGCCUUUCUGGAGAGAGCGCCAUGCUGCGCCGCAAGCCAUCCAAUGCCAGCGACAAGGAGCAGGCGCAGAAGAAGAAGCUCUCCCUGCAGCGCUCCAGCAGCUUCAAGGAUUUCGGCAAGGCCAAGCCCAGCUCCCCCGUGGUGAGCGAGAAGGAGUUUAACCUGGAGGAGAAUAUUCCUGAGGAUGACCUGGCCAAUGCACCUCCUGAUGACACUGGGAAGAGCAGUGGCAUGAAGCUGGGCAAGAAGUGGAGAGCUGUCAUCUCCCGCACCAUGAACAGGAAGAUGGGCAAGAUGGCGGUGAAGGCGCUGGCUGAGGGGAAGGGAGAAGUGGGGGAGGAGGGCUCCAUGUCCCCCAUGUCGCUGGACGGCAGCCUGGAGGAGCCAAGCCUCGAGAAGAUGCCCUUGUCGUAUGUGGAGCUGGAAGAGGAUGUGCACACACCACUCAGCCGCCAGACAUCCAGUGGGAGUGAACUGGGCUGCACCAGUCCCUGCACCACAGGCAGCAAUCGUGACAGCGUGAGGCUGGAGGAGCCCAGCCUGCCCUACAGUGGCCCUUUCUGCGGGAGAGCCCGGGUCCAUACAGACUUCACGCCCAGCCCCUACGACAAGGACUCAUUGAAGCUGCGGAAAGGGGACAUCAUCAGGAUCAUAGAGAAGCCCCCCGUGGGCACCUGGACGGGGAUGCUAAACAACAGAGUGGGCUCCUUCAAGUUCAUCUAUGUGGACAUCAUCCCCGAGGAGCCGGUGCCAGCCCGCAAGAGCCGUGUGCAGAGCAAGAGCAAGCGGCCCAAGCCCAAGACCUUACACGAGCUGCUGGAGCGCAUAAACCUAGAGGAGCACAUCUCCACCUUGCUACUGAAUGGCUACCAGACACUGGAGGACUUCAAGGAGCUGCGGGAGACCCACCUGAAUGAGCUAAACAUCAUGGACCCCCAGCAUCGUGCCAAGUUGCUCACAGCUGCUGACCUGCUGCUGGACUAUGACACGGCCAGUGAGGCUGAGGAAGGAGAGAGUUCGGAGCUGCAACCUUCCCCCUCAGACCCCAAAGGGGACAUUCCCCGCGACUCGGGCUGCUUCGAAGGAUCUGAGACACUGGAGAGCGGCCGGGACGAGGCAGAGCUGAACAGCACAAAGGAGCAACUUCAGGCCUUCUCUCUAGAAGAGUCCUUCUGAGCUUGCCCCCUCCUUCCCAGCACUACCCCACCUCAGGGACUUAGCCUGCAGAGCAGGGAGGACAGGACACCCCAAGGGCACUCUCUACCCCCUGACCAACAUCUGGGGAGAUUCCUGGACCACAGGUGACCACCCCCUGCUCGGGACAGUCACGUGAGCCCUGCAGGGGAAGACGCUGGGGCUGUUUUAUGGUUCCACGGGGCAGCUGCCGAGGUCCCCACCCCAGGAUACCUCUCCCCUUUGGGAACUGCACAGGACCCCUCUCUGCGCUCCUGUCAAAGACAAAGGACCUGCUUCUGCAAAUAGCUCAGCCUUCAUCCUCCAGCCUCUCCAUUAGAAACUCCAGUCUCAGAGCCUGUGCAUUAGCCACGAACGGGUGUUUGCCUGCCCCUCUGCCUGGCACCCACCGUCAUCUGCCCACACCCUCUGCCUGGCCUUACCAAAUGGCCGAGGCCUCAGUCAGCAGGACACCCUUUGAAUAGGAAGGAUCCAGGAAGCUCCUGGGCAAUGCAAAGCCAAGCAGUUUAGCCAAGAGGGCUGUGCAAUGGGAGAUGCCCACUUGCAGCUGAAGCUUUCAAGCAUCAGAGGCUCUUUGCGAUGGAGGCUACAGGUAACCUAGGAUCUGUUGCUAACAAGGCAAGGGAGCCGGGCACCAAACAAGAACUGAGACCGUUGUGUUUCUAACGCAAGUCUGGGGGUGGUGGAGGGGGGAAAGGCAGCAGAACAGGGCGAUGGGUGCCACACAGGAUCCUCACCACUCAAGACUCAGUAAGCGCUGAGAGCAGGAGUCUGUAGCCUCCCAAGCUGGCAUUUCUCAGCAUGGGGCGAGUCCCUUGCGGGGCAGAGCCUAGCCAUGUGGGGACCAGCUUGGCCAAAAAGCAGAGGGUUUGGUUCCAGGGGCUUUGCUGCUCCUUAUCACAGAACAUUGAGUUACUAGAAAUACGGCCAGGCUGCAGCAGCUCCCCCCUGCCAAAGUCCUGGGCCAGCUCACUGCAGCAACUGACCAAGCCAUCGCUCCAUCCUGCCACGCCCACUGGGGCCAACCUGGCUCAGGCCAGCGGCAACUUGUUUGGGAAGGUGGAAGGAAAGGCAGCACUCUGUGUCAGAAAGGCCCUGCAUUGUGCUCACAGCAUUCCCCAGUGUCAGUCCAUUCUGCCUUCGUGUGGGCAGAGUCCUCACUUUGCAGCAGGUGCUGUGCAUCAGAACAGCUGCCUUGGGAAGGCACACACCCAGUGUGCCCAGAGGAAGCCGAUACUGAGUUGGUUUGUUUGAAACGAUCCUUGAGCAGUUAUGGGCCCGGAGACUGAGCAGCAAGAGCCCCCUGUGCAAAAGAGAACAGGGGCGUCCCCAACAAGAAUUCAUGUCUUCCCUACAGAGCUCAGACCCCUGCUCAGGGCUGUCCCUGACAGACUAACACUGCAGCGUUGGGGCCAGGGCCGGCUCCAGGCACCAGCUUAAUAAGCAGGUGCUUGGGGCAGCCAAGGGAGAGGGGCGGCACUUGCGGCAAUUUGGGGGCAGCAGGUCCCUCACUCACUCUAGGAGCGAAGGACCUGCCGCUGAACUGCUGCCGCCGAUCUCGGCUUUUUUUUUUUUUUGCUUGGGGCAGCAGAAAUGCUGGAACCAAAUCCUGGUUGGGGCACAUAGAUUAUGGAAGCAGCCGACAGAGGCAAGAGGGUGCUGCGUUAAGAGUAGCAAGAGCCCACCUGGCUUUAGAAAGCUAGCAGGUUGGGUUCUAGUUGGGGCUUGUUCCAGGGCAAAAGGGCUGGGCCAGCUUUGGCACAAUGGCACUGCACCAAGAGUUCUUCGGUUAGCUUAUGUUAAAAGGCCAGGAAAUCGUCUUGCACUGGAGCUGCACCCAUAUGCUGUUACCCACAGAAUAUGCUUAGUGACUGGGUAAUGGGCCAAUUCCAGUCCUGGAGUAAAGGGCUACAACACCCACUAAUGCUGAUGGGAGAUGUAUCUGCUUACAGCAGUCACCUUUGGCCCUGUGUCUGUGGCAAGCUUAGCCCUGAAUUCCAGGACUCCUGUGCCUGUAAAAUCUCUGCCUUUCUGUUGCAGUAAUGUAGGUUUGGGUGUUGAAUUCACUUGCUUGUGCUUGACCCCAAUAAAACAUGAUCUAACCUG